GCCAUCGAAUGGUGGUUGAAUAGUGAAAGACGAACUGACGUCUAAAUCCAUUGUUAUCUUAUCGAUAAGCCAGGCCCAUAGUGCGACCGCAGAGCACAGAGUUCAGGGACUCGGCGAUUAAUGUGUCGCUCCCCGUCUCCCCAAAAAAAGUCUUUGGGGUACGAUUCAGGAACCCAACGGACUCCCAGGCCACCAGAGGCCAUGAGAUGAGAACCUCACAACUGCGCAACUGGAGAAAGUCUUUGAAAUCUCUUGGCGAAUCCAAGAAUAGGCAUUUUCACGCCUCACCACCUCAAUUCCUUACCCAUUUUGAAAUCGAAAGGAGGAAGAAGGCGGCAAGAUUCGCCCUUCAAAACAUGGCAACCCUGCCUGUGGAGAAGAUAAACUACAAAGAGUGGUCUCACGAAAAUCUCAUCAAACGAGUGACAGAGCUGGAGCACAACUUAAAACUCAAGAAUGCACACUAUCCCGUCGCGACACCAGCAAAGAGCUACAAGAAAGUGCGCACAGAAAAGGCCUUCGACCCCUCUAGAUACUCUACCCGCCUCAUCGCGCUGAAAUUGGCAUAUCUGGGAAAGGGCUACAACGGCUUCGAGCACCAUCUAAACAACAAGACACGGUUACCAACUGUCGAGGAGAAAAUAUGGGAGGCGCUCGUUAAAGCACGGCUCAUAUUCCCCAAAGGCGCAUCUCUGGAUCAGCACGAUGGCAGUGGCGAAAUAAACUGGGAUGGAUGCGACUAUUCGAAGUGCGGCCGUACCGACAAGGGCGUCAGUGCGUUCGGCCAGGUCAUCGGCCUGAGAGUCAGGAGUAAUAGGCCUCUACCAAAGUAUACGGCCGAGGGACCUAAGUAUGAGACGGACGGUUUUCGCCACACAAAGCCCCGUGAUGGGGCACUUGAGAUGGCUUCGCCUGCUCUCCGUCCUAGUAUUGAAGAGUCAAGGUCACAGGUCACGCCGGAAUUGAGCAUCGAUGAUCCAGAAUUCGAGGAACCUCUCAACUUCGAUCCGAUUGCGGAUGAGCUACCAUAUUGCCACUUAUUAAACCGCCUUCUCCCUCCGGAUAUCCGCAUAUUGGCAUGGUGCCCGGCGCCGCCUCUCGGGUUCUCAGCCAGGUUCAGUUGCAAAGAAAGGCAGUAUAAGUACUUCUUCACGCAACCCGCGUUCGCACCGCCACCAGAGAAUCCAAACAUCAAAAGUACUAAUAAAAACACUGAUGUCAAGGAUGGAUGGCUCGAUAUCGAUGCCAUGCGUGAAGCGGCUGGUUACUUCGUUGGAUCUCACGAUUUCAGGAACUUCUGCAAGAUCGACGGCAGCAAACAGAUAGAGAAUUUCGAGCGGACUAUGUUUUUCGCUGAUAUCUUGGAAGUGGACGACACAACCCCAACAUUGGACUUUGUUGGGAAGAAGGAAUUUCUUCCCGCUGCCUCUAUUACUGGCUCAAGCGAACAGAUAUCUCCAAAAGUGUAUACCUUCACUCUCCACGGUUCGGCAUUCCUAUGGCAUCAAGUCCGCUGCAUGGUGGCUAUUCUCUUUCUGGUUGGCCAGGGCCUGGAAAAGCCAACUAUCAUUAAGGAGCUUCUUGACGUUGAGAGGAACCCUUCUCGGCCAGCUUAUGAAAUGGCACAGGAUUCACCACUCGUUCUUUGGGACUGCGUCUUCCCUCAUGAAGAUGACCCCAGCCGAGAGAACGCAAUCCAAUGGCUCCAUAUGGGCGACGAGCCCGGCCGCGGCGAUACGAAAUGGGGUACGACCGGCCUAAUGGAAGAUCUUUGGAAAGUCUGGCGAGAGAGAAAGAUUGACGAGGUUCUUGCAAGUAACCUCCUGGGUGCAGUCGCGAAGCAAGGAGGUGCCAUUGAAGGUUUGACAAGCGAUCACUGGGCCAAGGUUGUCAGGAGCCAGAAGGUCUAUGACGGGAACAACAAGCCGAAAUUGACUGGACAAUACACUCCAGUCAUGAAGAAACCGCUGAUGGAGACGGCCCGGGUGAUCAAUGAGAAGUACGCCGUACGGAAAGGCUUCGAGGAUUCUGCGGACCUGAAGAAGCAGGGCUUCAGGAGGAUGAAUAAUCCCAGCGACAACGCAGACGAGUAAAACAUUUAACAAUACAUAUAUUCAUCAG